AUGGAGCGCCUCAAUGCAGAGGUCGAUAAGCACCUCGAGGAGCAAGAAGAUCUCGAGGAUGAGCAAUGGUGGCAGGAACCCACUCGCACAUUCGAGCAAAAGGUCGCCUUCGACGCCUUGCGUGGUCUGAAGGAGGUCAUGGGCCAAGGCCACGCCGUCGAGACUUCAUGCUAUGUCUUCAAGGAGUCUUGA